GAUGAGAGACCUAGAGUUGUGGAAAGGUAUGACAAUUUUUUGUAUUGCUAAUAGCAUUGUCAGUAAUUGCCGACAAACUAGCACUCUGAACAAAGCCAUGUAAGGAUGGACUUGCUACCCAAAUGCACUGUUCUUGUCGAAAAAGAAAAGUUACCUCAGAAACCAGUCGUCAAGGGUCAAGUCAAAAGAUUUUGGUUGUGUCGCUAGAAAAUUUACCUGAUCCUCCAAUAACACGCCGUAAUAUUCCUAUAAUCCACCAGGCAAUAAAUAAUGACUGUUUCCUAAAUAUCAUAAGCAGUUCAUGAAUUAAAUCAGACUUGUGAAUGAUAAUUUAGGUAUUGAUCUUCGCACUGAAAUUUUUAGUCGUUAUUUACCCUUUAAGCGACCAGUCUGAAGAGAGUUUAACAUUGGUUCCUGUGGGUGCUACCCCUCAGUUGGAACUUUCUGAAAGCAAUAACGAUCGUAACCAAGAUACCGAAGAAUCUCCCCGAGAUGAAUAUGAAGAAAUUGAGCUGUCUCCACCUGUGAUGAUGGUAUGUUUAUGUUUUCUAAUAAUCAUAAUAGCGAAGAUUUCACUGAUUUCGAGUAAUUAACAGUUAUUCAUCACCGAGGCGGAAGCAAAGAUCCAAAAACUUUAUAUAAUCACUGAAUACAAGAGAUUAUAAUAUCUUGUUUUAAUGCAUAAUUAUACUUAAAGAUCUAAGUUAGUGUAUGGUUGAUAUCGUGUCGAUGGAACCUUGGUGAGGUGUCGGUGGAGUGUGGGUGACGGGUGGUGAAGGGUGAUGAUAUGUCCGUGGAUUGUUGUUGGCGUGACUGUGGAGUGUUGAGUCGGGGGAGCGUUCAUGGCUUGUUAGCCAUUAUUGUUUAUCUUUCACACAUCCUUUUAACCAGGUAGAUACUGCAGUAUUUGUUGAACUCCUCAGCAUUUUCAUGAAAGAGUUAAGGCUUAGAAUCUGGACCCAGGACUUAUCAAAGUUUCAUACGGCGUUGCCGUAUGAAACUUUAAUUAGUUCCCCACGGGGUCUUUGACCUCUUUUAAGAGAAGUGAUAAGGUUAUUACCCUCGUUCACAAAUCGGUUAAUAAAUAUUGUAUUGACUAAACACAUUUUGUUUUUGUCUUUCCCGUAGGUGCCUAGCGACAGUGCCCAGACUCCUGUAUAUGCGCAAGCGUCAAGCGCUUGUUCCUACACCUACGCACACUCGUACACGCCAGUAGAGAAAAAUAAUGGGAAAGAACACGAGUACGUCAAUCAAAUAAAGACUUCGGACUACGCAAAUACGUACAUGCCUCUCACCAAUCUUAAGAGGACAGCCGAAAAUUCUUGUGCAUAUGCAUCACUUCUGCCGUCUAAAGAGGAAAAGGACGACAACCUUUAGGGCAACGGUGAAUACACUAUUCCAUUUUUAUAAGAACCUUUUUCAUCAGGAAGUCCAGGCUGAGACUAAACAAGGUUUCAAGAACAUACUAAGAACACACCCAGGCUGAGAGUCAGUAAAGAACAUCUUUAUUUUGCUCAUUUUCUUUUCUUUGGCUGGAAUAUGCAGAUGUGUACAUGCCUCUCAGCGAUGCCGGCAAUACUAACAUGUCAGCUGACAAUUCACGCGCGUAUGCAUUGCUUUUGAAGUCUGAAAAAGAUGACAAUAGCAGUGAAUACGUUAAUCAACUACAGGCUUUGAGGCCGAGUUUCCAGAGACACGAUGAAAUUUAA